AUGGCACCUCUGAGCCAACUAAGCGGUCAUAUGAAUUCCUCCUGCGGGGCGGAGAACUCCACAGGUACCAGCCGGACCCGCACACAUGCCUACUAUGCUCUGUCCUACUGCGCGCUCAUCCUAGCCAUCAUCUUUGGCAAUGGCCUGGUGUGUGUGGCUGUGCUGAGAGAACGGGUCCUGCAGACAACGACCAACUAUCUAGUGGUGAGCCUGGCUGUGGCGGACUUGCUGGUUGCCACCUUGGUGAUGCCAUGGGUGGUAUACCUGGAGGUAACAGGUGGUGUGUGGAAUUUCAGCCGUAUGUGCUGUGAUGUUUUUGUCACCUUGGAUGUCAUGAUGUGCACAGCCAGCAUCCUGAAUCUCUGUGCCAUCAGCAUAGACAGGUACACUGCAGUGGUCAUGCCAGUUCACUACCAGCACGGCACAGGGCAGAGUUCCUGUCGGCGUGUGGCCCUCAUGAUCACAGCUGUGUGGGUCUUGGCCUUUGCUGUGUCCUGCCCUCUUCUCUUUGGCUUCAACACUACAGGAGACCCCAACAUCUGCUCCAUCUCCAACCCUGAUUUUGUCAUCUACUCUUCAGUGGUGUCCUUCUAUGUGCCCUUCGGGGUGACUGUCCUGGUCUAUGCCAGGAUCUAUGUGGUGCUGAGACAAAGGAGACGGAAACGGAUCCUCACACGACAGAACAGUCAGUGCAUCAGUGUGCGACCUGGCUUCCCUCAGCAGUCUUCCUGUCUGCGGCUGCACCCUAUUCGGCAAUUUUCAAUAAGGGCUCGAUUUCCAUCAGAUGCUACAGGACAAAUGAAACAUACAGAAGAGAAACCAUAUCAGAAAUAUCAGGACACUUUCUUGUCACUCUUGCAGCCUCUGUCUCCUGGCCGCGCACACAUGGAGCUGAAGCGUUACUAUAGCAUCUGCCAGGACACUGCCUUGAGACGGCCCAGCUUCCAAGGAGAAGGAGAACUGAAAAGAGAGGAGACGGUCCAGAACUCUCUGAGCCCCACCUUGGCACCUAAGCUCAGCUUAGAGGUACGAAAGCUCAGCAAUGGCAGGUUAUCAACAUCUCUGAAGCUGGCUCCCCUGCACCCUCGUGGGGUCCCACUUCGGGAGAAGAAGGCAACCCAGAUGUUGGCCAUUGUGCUUGGGGCCUUCAUUGUCUGCUGGCUACCUUUCUUCUUGACCCACGUUCUUAAUACCCACUGUCAAGCAUGCCACGUGUCCCCAGAGCUUUACAGAGCCACAACAUGGCUAGGCUACAUGAACAGCGCCCUCAAUCCCGUGAUCUAUACCACCUUCAAUGUGGAGUUCCGCAAAGCCUUUCUGAAGAUCUUGUCUUGCUGA